AUGGAUGUGAACAGCAGCAACGGCCCCCCCAACGAGCUGCACAACAACCAGUUCUACCAAUGCGAGGAGAGCAAGCCUCUACUGGGGGACAUGUCUGAGGGCCACAACAACACCAAGCCGGCCGCGGGCUCCUGCCGGAGGGCCCUGCACCCCUGCGGCAGCAGCGGCAUGCGCUACAAGCUGCUGCACGAAGGCGACAUCCAGGUCUGCGUGGUCAAACACCCACGCACCUUCCUCAGCAAGCUGCUCACCUCCAAGUACCUGCGGAGGUGGGAGCCGCACCACCUGACGCUGACGGACAGCGGCCUCUGCUCGGCCACGCAUGUGGCGGGAUUCGUCCUCUACCAGGAGUUCUGCUGCUCCUCGUGGAGCUUCGAUGGUCAGACUUUGAGCGCUAUUGGCGCCAAAAGCGGUAAAGAGUUUAAAAAAAUCAGCGUAGAACCGGGCCAAACACCGCGUCCUCCUCCUGCAGCAGCUUCACAGCCUCUGUUCUCCAUCGUGGUUUAUUUCCUGCGUCUCCAUCUUUUGGUUUCCAUGGCAACCCAGCAGAGGAGCAAGAGUCUCCUUCGUCUGUCCUUUAUGAUGAAGAGGAAAGGCAGUGAGCACAAGGAGUUACUAUGGCAACCUAGGGUAGUGGCAGAGCACUGUUCUAGUUCUGAGAACAAGAAGCAGUACCUUCGGGCCGGCUGCAGCCUGUUUGUUUGGACCCGACUAAGAAGCUGCUCUGUCUUCUUGUUGCCGCAGGCUGCUAACGGCUACCUGAGGGACCAGUGGUUUCACUCCCUGCAGUGGAAGAAAAAGAUCUACAAGUACCGGAAAGUCCUGAACAACCCGAGUCGCUGGGAUGUGGUGCUGAAGGAGAUCCGAGCGCUGGUGGACAUGGCUCUGACGUCUCCACUGCAGGACGAGUCCAUCCACCAGGCCCCGCUGCACAUCAUCUCCACGCUGCUGGCAGAGAACUCCAACCUGAGCGCUCAGGACCACGAGAACAUCAUUGUGGCGAUCGCUCCUCUUCUGGAAAACAACCAUCCUCCCCCCGACCUGUGUGAGUUCUUCUGUAAGCACUGUCGGGAGCGGCCGCGGUCCAAGGUGGUGAUUGAGGUCUUCACUCCUGUGGUCCAAAGAAUCCUCAAACACAACAUGGACUUUGGGAAGUGUCCUCGGCUGCGCCUCUUCACCCAGGAGUACAUCCUGGCUCUGAACGAGCUGAACGGAGGCAUGGAGGUGGUUCAGAAGUUCAUCCACAGCAUGCAUGGCCCCACGGGGCAGUGCCCCCACCCACGGGUGCUCCCCAACCUGGUGGCCGUCUGCCUGGCUGCCAUCUACUCCUGCUAUGAGGAGUUCAUCAACAGCAGAGACAACUCCCCCAGCCUGAAGGAGAUCAGGAACGGCUGCCAGCAGCAGAACGACCGCAAGCCGCCGCUGCCGCUCCGCCUGCUGCGGCCAGAACCCCCGACUCCGCCCCCCGCCACCAUCCUCCCGCUGUCCGGCUCCCCCAGCCCCCCCGAGCCGUCUCCAUCCACCCCGUCCAUCCCCGUCUCCUCCCCUCCUCCCUCUGCUGUCAACUCCAGCGAGAUCCUGGUGGAGCUGGAGCGGAACAACAACACGACCAACGCCAAACGGAAGGGCGGGCCUGCAAGGGGCGACAGCGAGCCCAACCUCAUCGACUGUCUGCUGGUCAGCCCGGCUCUUAACACCCUGUCCAUCCAGCUGCCGGCGCAGGCGGACCGGGUGCUCGGCUGCUUCGCGCUCAUCCUCAAGAUGCUGUCGGACUACGAUGACUGGAGGCCAGCUCUGGCCAGCCUCCUGCAGCCCAUCCCCUUCCCUAAAGAAGCUCUGGCACACGCUAAAUUCACCAAGGAGCUGAAAUAUGUCAUCCAGAGAUUUGCUGAGGACCCGAGGCAGGAGGUCCACUCCUGCCUGCUCAGCGUGCGCUCCGGGAAGGACGGCUGGUUCCAGCUCUACAGUCCUGGGGGCGUGGCCUGUGAUGAUGACGGCGAGCUGUUUGCCAGCAUGGUUCAUAUCUUGAUGGGGUCCUGUUAUAAAACCAAGAAGUUCCUCCUCUCUCUGGCAGAGAACAAGCUGGGUCCCUGCAUGCUGCUGGCGCUGCGAGGGAACCAGACCAUGGUCGAGAUCCUGUGUCUGAUGCUGGAGUACAACAUCAUCGAGAACAAAGACACGCAGCUGCAGAUCAUCUCCACCCUGCAGAGCACGCAGGUGGGCUUCCGCAUGUAUGAGCAGCUCUGCGACCGCCAGCGGGAGCUCAAAGAGCUGCAAAGGAAAGGAGGUCCGACACGGUUGACUCUGCCGUCCAAGUCCACGGACGCGGAUCUGGCCCGCCUGCUGAGUUCAGGCUCCUUUGGGAACUUGGAGAACUUGAGCCUGGCCUUUACCAACGUCACCAGUGCCUGUGCCGAGCAGCUCAUCAAGCUGCCGUCGCUCAAACAGCUCAACCUCUGGUCCACUCAGUUCGGGGACGCGGGGCUGCGGCUGCUAUCAGAGCACCUGGCCUGCCUCCAGGUCCUGAACCUGUGUGAGACUCCGGUGACGGACGCCGGUCUGCUGGCGCUGAGCUCCAUGAAGAGUCUGUGCAGCCUGAACAUGAACAGCACCAAGCUGACGGCAGACACCUACGAGGACCUGAAGGCCAAACUGCCCAACCUGAAGGACGUUGAUGUCCGCUACACGGAGGCCUGGUGAUCCAGAACCUCAGCGCCGGAAGGUUUCUUAUCUUCAUCAACGGACCUCAUCCCUCCUCUUCCUCUCCAAACUUUGAGGACCGGUUCCCCUCGGACCGCUGGGGGACCGGUUCCCCCUCCUCCGUCCUUUUGCCUGAAACGGUUUCAUAUACCCUCCUCCUCGGGAAAGCUCAGUCCAGAUCAGUUUCCCCACUGGUUCUGACCCAACGUCACACCGUCCCAUCAGCUCCUCACCCCUCGGUAAGGAGGGGUAAAUCCAUCUCUGGGCCGUUUAAGGUUCCGUGGUUCUGGUUCCUGGACUUUUAAUCAAAACUCAUCUGCUGAGGAAAGACAUUAAAUGGUGUUUUCGAAGGACGUUUGACUGAUUUAUCUUUGUUUCUCCAGAGGUUCUGAUCAGCAGGUGGAUCGUUUAAAAAGAUAAUUUAUGUACUACUGCACCUGAACGCACCGCAACGUUAAAAGGCUGGACAGGAAGAAACUGAGGUCAGGCCACUUGGGUCAAAAGUCCUAGACUUUUGUACCGACGCAAAACCACAUUACGCGUUAACAGGAUGCAGCGCUACACAGGAACCAGAAAAGGACUCGAUCAGAUUCCUGAACGGACCAGAACCAAGCUUUUUUUUUUUUUUUAAGACUCAUUUUUCCAGGAGGGAGGCGCUCCGUCGUUUUCUAGUUUUUAAUCCGGAUGGAAGAACAGAACCACUAACCCUGGAACCUGUGGCCCGUCACUGAUCCACUCUGACCUCUGCUGGUUCUGUUUGGACGUGUUGCCAAAAGCGAACCUCGUCUAUCCGGCCAUGUUCUGCUCCAAGCUCCUGUACAUAUCGGAUGGAGUCGGCCAGCAGAGCAACGCGUUUUUGUUUGCUAUUUAUUUGUUGCCAUCGGUUCUGACCCCUGACUAUGGAGGCCCGGUCCGGUCCGGCUGUACAUAGCGCUGUAUAUAGUCGUCUUUUUGGACCUUUCCUUUUUCAGGCUCAUUUUCUGUCUUCAUCCAAAUGUUUCAUCUCCUUUCCUGUCUUUUUUUUUUGCACGUAUGCGUUUCUGCACCAUCUAAUGUUUUCAUUUUGUAAUUUCUAUUUUAUAAAAUGUUUGUAAAAUCUGAAAAAGGGGUUUGAUCACUUCUCUCCCUGAAGGCGAACGACUGAAGCGGUUCCAUUUGAUCCUCAACUGGCCGGGCGAUCCGGGAAUCUGACGUAGCUCAGCUUCAUAUUUCAAUGUGGUCAUUUUUAUACUGAUGAUGAUGCACAUAUUUGUCUUUUCUUAAAGAAUGUUGUUUAGAUAAUCAUAUCAGAGGAGGACCUGCCCACGGCUGGUUUCUACUGGAAUGUUUGAAUCCCUCAUGGAACCAGUUUAGGCAGAACGACUGAGAACAGAAAUUAAACUGCUGAUAUUCUGAAGAUGAAUCGCUCCAGUUUGAACCUGACUCCCUCCACUACCAGCAGCUGACCAGCAGGGGGCGCUGGCUCUACAGAAAUCCACUGAAUAAAGGAAAAUCCAUUCAGUGAAACAGAUUUUAUUUGGUUAAUUUGGAUUUUUUUGCCUAAUUUUACGUAAAAACAUUUCAAGUCUGCAUCCAGACCAAUGAAAUACUUCACAGCAGAAAUGUUUAAACUUGCUUUUUAAAUUAGACAAUCAUCCGAUGUGACUAACUGGUUUGUUUUAAGGCAUUUUAAUUCUUCCUAAAACUAUUAAAAUGGUUUAGCCGAUCCUCUGGGCCCCUUCUGUGUGUCGCGGUGGUCGAACAGAAACUCCUGGUUUCGUUGGUAGCGAUCCGUAGAGCAGCAGAUCCGACUGAACGGGUUUUACUUUGUGCUGAAAUGUUUGUGGGCCGCUGGAAAAAGGAGCUUUUCCAGUCGCUCUGCUUCUCCUGCUGGGUUAUUAUUACUGUUAUCAAUUAUAAUUAUUGCUGCUGCUGCUCCUUUGGCUGUUGUAAUAAAAUACAAAGGCUCUUUGACAGGAAAAAUAACGGAUGUGAAAUAAUUUUAAUCAAAAAUAAAAUGUCUGAAGAUGUU